AUGGCGACUAGCCCUGCUCGUCGCGGGCAAGCUAAACGGGUACGGCAGUGCUCGCCCGACGCGGCCAAAAGAUCCAGAGACUCAACCUUGAAGACUCAAGAGAGCGAGUGGCCACAGGCUGCGGCUUGGGACUGCUGGGCCAUGCCACGCAGAGAUGCCCUGUCCACCCUGGGCCAAGACCGCCGGCUAAGGACUAGAGGGGCACGGGGGGGGUGGGCCAGAGUUUUCUCGGGGGUGAGGUGA